AUGAAGCCCCUUUCCGAUUGUUUGGGGCAUCUGGAAAAAGGCUUGUCAGGAGAAGAAAAGAUCAGUGUCAUUGUGAAGGGUGGAGCUACUGGAGGAGUUUAUUCACAGUCAGUGCAGAGCUUCACUAAACCACUUCACUACAGACAGCUUCAUUCACUUUAUGAAAAAUUCAAGGUUUACCAUCACAGUGUGUUUGGUGUUGAUGCAGUGAAGUCAGUGUCAGUGACGGAGGGAGAUUCUGUCACUCUAAACUCUGAUGAUACUGAAAUACAGAGAGAUGAUCUGAUAAUGUGGACAUUUGGACUCGUUCUCAUAGCUAAAAUCAAGGGUAAGAACAAUAAGAGAGAGUUUUAUGAUGAGAGAUUCAGAGACAGACUGCAGCUGGAUCAGACUGGAUCUCUGAGCAUCACAAACACCAGAACCACAGACUCUGGACUUUAUAAAGUCACCAGCAGCAGAAGAGAGUCGCCGCUCAACACAUUCAAUCUUACUGUCUACGUGUCCAGUUGUGUGUUUCUGUGUUCAGUGGUGAAUGUGAGUCAUGUGACUCUCUCCUGGUACAAAGGAAACAGUUUAUCAUCCAGCAUCAGUGUGUCUGAUCUCAGCAGAAGUCUUUCUUUAUCUCUGGAGUGUCUGGAUGAUUCCUACAGCUGUGUGCUGAACAAUCCCAUCAGCAACCAGACGAGACAUCUCAACAACACUGAGAUCUGUCAGCCAUGUUCAGACUCUGUAUCUCUGAUAGUGUUGAUCUCUGCUGCUGCUGCUGAUGCUGGAUCUCUGUUGAUCGUAGCUGCUGUCGGGAUCUUCUGCAUCGGCAGGAAACACAGAAAAACUGACCAAGAAGUUCAGACCCGUGAGAGAGAUCACUUACACUGA